UUUCCGAUAGACCAUGUACUGCCGCUUCAGUAUUUACCACCAAUGUAUUUAAAGCCGCCCCUGUUUUAUUAUCACGUGAAAUCUUGGAAAAGAAAUCAGGUCAAAACAUUUAUGCCUUAGUCACAAAUUCAGGAUGUGCUAAUGCAGUAACUGGUGUAAAAGGUGAUGAAAAUGCCAAAAAAAUGUCGGAUGAAGUGUCAAAACUAGUUGGUGUAGAAUCAAGUACUUUAGUCAUGUCAACUGGAGUUAUUGGUCAACAUUUACCAAUUGAAAAGAUCUUACAAGGAAUAAAAUCUGGUUAUCAAAAAGCUACAAAAGGAACUCAUGAAGAAUGGAUAAAAGUAGCAGAAGCAUUUAUGACUACAGACACCUUUCCUAAACUUCGAUCCGGUAGAUUCGUUUUACCUUCUGGAUUAAGUUACAAUAUGGCGGGAAUUACUAAAGGUGCAGGAAUGAUUCAUCCUAAUAUGGCGACACUUUUAGCAGCAGUUGUAACUGAUGCACCAAUUUCUGCACCUGUACUAAAUGAAGCAUUAAAAUAUGCGGUUGAAAGAUCUUUUAACGCGAUCAGUAUAGAUGGAGAUAUGAGUACAAAUGAUACCUUUGCUGUUUUGGCGAAUGGUGCAGUUACAAGUGAUCAGGGAAAAAUUAUUAAUGAU